AUGUACCUUGAGCUGUAUCACUUCAACAGGAUGGCGCUGAGCGUUUACACCGAGCUUGGCAUGAUCAAAGAGCUCAGCGUCGCCCCAAAGCAUUCGUAUUGCUUAGAUGUAGCCUCAGAUGCCAAUGUGGGGAACAUGACGGUAACAGCCAGCACAGGCUGCAGUGCGAACUUGCUCGCGCAGGUGAGCUCUCUUUCCAAUCCCCAGCACAGACAGCUGCGGCUCAUUCCAAGCAACCUCAGCUUUGCUGAGCAUGGGCAAUGCUUAACAGCAAAAGAAGCAGAGGCAGGCUUGGAGUUCCGAAGUUGCAACAAGACGGAUGACAAGCAACUCAUGUCGCCUGCAUCACUCCCCUCAGACAUGUGGUCCCUUCAUGUGGAGGCAGAAGAACGGACUCAGGACUUGCACAAGCCGUACUCUUCAUAUUGCGGCACCAGCGGAGCAUUAAGCAACUUGGACUUUGGCCAGAUCUUUGUCGGAGACACGGAGACCGCCACCAAAUGCAAGUUCGCGCCUUUGAUUGCCUUUGGCGACUUUGUCGAUACAGGCAUCAUCCGAGACAAGACUUCCAGCAACUGGAUAGACUGGCAUCAUUUGCUGGCAGAUUAUCCAGUGCAAUGCGGGGCCGGCGAAGCUCUGACCGCCUUCAAGCUGGAUUCAGGGCGGAACUCGUUCACCUACGAGUGCAGCAAGAUCGGGGGCCUGGGCGCUUGCUUCGACGCCUGGAGCUCGCAGGCGGAGGUGCUGCAGUUCGGCCCGGCGCAGAGCUACUGGGCCAAGCCCAUGCGGAUGAUGCACACGGACUGCGGGGGCAACGCCGUGCUGGGCGGCUUCCACUUCGAGUUCUCGGAAGGGGGCCGCUGGGCGCGGGUGCGCUACAGCUGCUGCAAGGCAGGCGGAGCUCCCAUCGUGAUCGAUCCCCGGGGGCAGGUGCCGGAUUUGAUGAGCCCCUUCGACGGGGUGUUCUGUCCCAAGUCUAGGGAUCCAUCAGGGCGACUUGAGUACGAAAGCUCCGGUAGGUCGUUGACCUUUGACAGAAGCCUCGGGAAGUGGUGUAUUGGCUCCGAGUGCUCCCACGUUACGGCCAGCGCGACGCCUCUGGAUGCGCCGCUUCUGAGCUUCGACGUGGUGAAUGUGACCGACUUCAACGGCGAGUUCUUGGGAGGGGGCGUUCCAGGCGAAGGUGGCAAGAAGACUCUCUCCUUGGAGCAGGCCCUGAAGCUGAGGCCGCCGAAGCGCCCGGUGCCGCCGCCCAUGCCGGAGCUGGAGGAGUUUAAAGCAGAGCAGCCGAAGUAUGCCGCAGAGUGCCUGGACUACAAGGAUCUCUGGAAAGAGGUCACCGAGACCUUUACCAACGAGGAGGAUGAGACCGUCACUGAGACCUCGGCGCUGGAGGCGGAUCCGGGCACCAAAGGCGCGGAGCUGCGGGACUAUCACCCCUGCGAAGUGGCGAAGAACGCCGGGGGGGUCUUCGGCAACUUCGGCGGAGGAGAUGGCUCCAUGGCCCCGGAGAACAUGAUGUACAGUGACUGGAACGACUGCAUGCAAGGCGACAUCGAAAGAGACUUGCUUUCUGCACAGGGUGACUACAAAGGUGCGCUUUCGGAGUUUGUCCAAGACAUCACCCAGGAGUCCCUGGGUGUCGUCUGCUCGAUCGUACCAGAUACCAUGAUCGCCCCCUUCGGAGUUGGGGUUGCUAUCAAUCCUGGCGAGAUUUGCGGGCAAGCAGCGGACCUGGUGGGCGCGAUCAAAACAUUCGCGGGCCCAGCAAGCAGCUAUCACUUCGCAAAGAAGGAGUGGGACAUUCAGCGGGAAGGAUACGCCGCUUGCAAUCCGUUGCAAAUCGGCUUUGCCCGUGCCUUCUGCGACAUACACUGCGUUCGAGAUGCCGUUAUUCGCGGGGAUCGUUCAAUCAUUCGAAAUCUCGAGGCAGCCACCAAGAAGACCAACACCAAUCUGCAGAACAUGGUGAAGUGGUCAGUUGACACUGCCAGGGGAGAAACCGGAUGGUUGGCAGACAAGUUGGACUACAUGCAUGCCAUCAACACUGCAUACCUCCAGCAGAUCCAUGACUUCUUGGCUCCGAGCCUUGAUCAGCAGAAGGCGCUGAAGGGCAUGCGCAUGGCCACGGACAGCAUGUUCGAGGAGCUGUCCGGGUACGCUUCGGCCUCCUCCUUUGAUGAGGUCUCCCGGCUCACGGUGCACGAUGCUCUACAGAGCUUCCUACGGGCCAAGGACCCGUCGAAUGCAACGGAGGGCCGCGGGUUCUUGCGGAAGCUGAGUGACCUUCACCAGAUCCUGGCCCGAUCUGGCAAAAGCAGGUCGGCCGUGCUGGGCCGGCAGAUGAACCGCCAGGUGCGGCAUUUGCAGAAGAUGGCCCAGCAGCAGCUCAACGUUCUCGGGGUCUACAGGAUGGAGAGCAACGCUUCCAGAGCUCACCGCUCGCUGGAGGGCAACACCUUGGUGGCCCUGGACAGGAUUUGGUGGCAGCUCCGCAUGAAGCUGGAGAAGUAUCUGGACACGGCAGAGGCAGAGGUGAAGGCCUUCCAAAAGUCCAUCGAUGACAUGGACAGCUACGAGGGUUGUCAAGCAGGCUUCUCUUCACUCGUCUCCAGCUACACGCACAGUAUGGCCGUCAUGAGGCGCAGUCAUCGUCUACUUCGGUCGACCUGGCGUGAGGCAGCAGGGCUCGUGGGGGAGUUGGCCUCGGUUCUGGUGGACAGUGGCGCCUUUGACACCUUCGUGAGAAACCACGGCUGCUCGAGUUCGGUGAUGGAGGACACCUUGAAGCAGGUGCGUUCGGCCUACUUUGGCCUCGCGCUGCUGCUGCACCGCUUCCGCGCGGCCGGGCUGGCGCAGCCCCACAUGGACCAGGUGCACACGGCGGCGCGGCGCAUCAACGAGGCCCAUGCGGCGGCCGUGGCCCACUGCGACGCCUGA